AUGUCCCGUAUACAUACGCCAGAGCAAUCCGAAGAACUUGCUGUUAUUGAGGAAGCUCAAUUCCUCCUUUCACAGUUUAUAAGAAACUCCUCUCACCAAACACGAGGGUCCCCAGCGUCAAGUCGCGGCGAUCAAAAUACUGCCCCAGGAGAAUGCUCUAGGACCGGGGAAGAUAUUCGGGGAAGCGUCAAGAAGCGCGGUAGGCCGCCUAAGACGCCUAAAACGCGCGUUGAACCUAGAUCAUCACCAGCGAUCACUGGCGAGAACCGCAUCACAUCCAGCACACCGCAAACACCAGACCCCUUGUAUUUUUCCGAACAGGAUAGGCCGGAUACUGCAUCAUCACCAGGAGAUGGGCGUGAGAUGUCCAGUAACCGACGCUCUCGGCGUGCAAGGUCUGGGCCAAACAACUAUUACGACAAGACCAACUAUUUGGGUUUCGGCUCCGAUGAGGAUGUGAGCGAAAGCCCUGCCAGGCCGUCUCCUACCACAUCCCGACGACCCAGGUUCUCUAGCAUUGCACCUCAACCGAAUACUUCGUCAUGUGUUCGUGAUCGAGAUGGACAGGCCCGUGUCAUCUAUUCUUCACCUCAUGUCCAAAUUAUCAAGUCGCCGUUUAGAAGUCUAGAUGAUUUGAGAUUAUCUGGUCGUGCUUGCUAUUUAUCAUUGCGUAGCCCGGGAGAGUACGCCUUGAAGUAUCAGAACAGGCCACCGCUGGUGGAUGAGAUUCUCCAUAUUGACUUUGACAGAACCGAAAUGGCAGCCAUCAUGGACUUGUUUUGCUUUUGCGGCUUUCAGCGACACGAGGAGAUGGACACCGCGCUUUCGGACCAGCUUAUCCAGGCUGCUCAUGAUUGUGAUAUCUCGCAGAGGGCCUCGAAGAAGAUUAGGUGGGUAUGUGAGCUUUCGCAGAUCAUCUCUACCGAGGAAAUCGUUGGAAUAGAUGCUAGUCAUAAGUGGCUUUCAGAAGCGAUGGCACCUCACUCAAAAAACAAGCGAAAACGGCAAGCCAGAAGCCUGGUAGGAAAAAUUCUGGGCUUAGUCCAGGACACGUCUCAGGAUAGUCCAUUGCUCUUCUCUGGGAAUCAGCUCUGGGAGUUGUCCAGGGUUCUACCCUCCGCUCUGGUGCUCAGCCGACGUGGACCUACUGAGAUAGACGCCUUUAUCGCUGAUGCGAAAAGAGGCUGCCUUCCAUCCAACCCCUGUGUCAUAGAGGCUACUGCAUCGGGGUCUCGAUGCGCCGAGAUAAGCGGGUCUUUGAAUAAAAUCUUGCAGCGCCGUGAGCUAGGGCUUCGUGUAAAACGACAGCUUCAGUCAAAUACCAACAAAGGUUUUAAGCUUGCGAAAACUUGGAAAGAUGCCUCGAAUGAUGUGAUUGUCCUGGCUUGGGCACCUGAUGGCACAAAAUUUGCUGCCGGCGCGACAGCACAAUGCGACGAGCAUAAUAUGGAAUAUAACCGAAAUAACAAUCUAGUUGUUGGUGAUAUUGUCAACAAUGAGUUGAUGGAAUUACCAGACCACUAUGUUCUUCGGCCCCCAGGGAGGAGCGCAGCAAGCCGGACUCUUCAUGAUCCUCGUCUCUGGAUGAGCGUGACUUCCAUCGAGUGGUGGGAAGAUGCACUCUUUACUGCUAGCUACGAUAAUACAGUGAAGAUAUGGAAUGCUUCCGGUCGAGAUAUAUCAUGCCGCAAGACGCUUCAGCAUGAUUCUAAAGUGGAAGUUAUGGCUCGCUCCCAUUAUGAGCGGAAUUUGCUCGCAACAGGCACACGUUCAAUAGGUCUUUGGUCAUUAGCAGAGUCAACCCACACUCUCCUAGAGCUUCCUAGGGCGCGAUCCAGAAAGGACAGAGAACUAGUACCUACUUCUUUAGCAUGGGGGACCAUUAAGGAAACCGGAAACAUUCUGCUUGCCGGGAUGUGCGAAAAGGGUGAUGGGACACUGCAGACAGGUCUGUUGGCAGGGUGGCGAAUAGGCGAGGCAUCAAUAUCACCUAUGCAAUUUUCCCCAAACUCUCAGAACAUGUUUGACAUUAAAUGGCAUCCCACCUUGCCAAUAUUUGCAGCAGCAACAUCGAUAGGUCAUGGCCCUGUCAACAAGGCCUACAAGGAUACCAGGUCCUUAGUCCGAAUGUAUCAGCCCUUAUCAUCAAAAGUCUGCACCAUGGAGUUUGAGUGUCCGGCGCUAGAUAUUAACGACGCCUAUAUUUGCCCUAUGAACCCGAGUUACGUGACAGCCAGUUGCACUGAUGGAAUUACCUAUGUUUGGGACCAUCGUCGCCCAGACCGAAUUCUUCACAAGCUCCAACACGGAGAGCCUCUGAAUCAGAUAGAUGAAACAAUCAGCAGGGAGCAAGCUGAUGUUGGCGUUCGUUUGUCUCUAUGGGGUGAUAGGAUUGACGAAUUCUACACUGGGUCUUCUGACGGCGUGUUGAAGAGAUGGGAUAUCCUUAGAGCCCCGGAAGAUGUGCUCGGUCAUGAUACGGCCAGAUUUGACGAGGAAAUCAUGUGCGGUGCCUUUUCCGAAGAUAAGUCCAAUCUGCUGGUCGGUGAUGCUGCUGGGGGUGUCCAUCUUCUAUCCCCCGGCCCGUUUACAAGCAACGAGGGCCUUUCUAUGAAAUUUAAGCCUUCAUUACAACCUCAACUGCAGAUGUGUCCUGAUGGGCAUGUAUCUAAUCCUGAAUCAGGGAUUAAGGCGGGCGCAGAACUUCUGGAGUCAGGGAAGCUCAGCAGACACCCAACAUACGGAGUUGGACAAGGACCAUUUUAUGAUGGUCCCUUUGCAGCCUGGGCUCGUCCGGAAAACACCCCUGAGCAUGAGAUUGCACAAACCCGACUGAAAGAAGAGGUGCAGCUACGGCAACUCGAUGGUCCGCCCCCCGAUUGCAGGAUCGGGCUAGAUACAGCCACCCAGCAGGAUGUUAAGGCGCAGAUUAAGCUGGCACAUAUUCGGAAUCGGCGGCGCAAUCAGAACAAGAGAACACUGGAUGGGCUUACAGAGCCUCUUGCAUAUGCCGGGACAGAUGCCGUCGAUCCCGUUAGCGAUGUACCCGAUAACUACAAGCGCAGGUUGCAUCAUGUUGUAUCACCAACAGUUUCUAUGCCACCGAAUAUUGGGCUCAUUGAUCCAGUUAGGAACGCGGAAUGGAGGUCCGGCUCGAAUGUCAUCCAUUUUGCCGAAGUUCAAACGGCCCUACAGGAGGUAGAAGAGGCACUCGAGGAAGACUUCUGGUGGCCGCCCAGCAGUGCCAUCGAUGCUAACAUCCGAGAUGUUGACGGUAUUUAG